AUUGACCAACUAUAGUUCGCGUCGCACGUACUAUAGAACUUUUUUUACUCCGCCGAUUAGGAGCGGCAGCGCCUACAGUAUAACCCUAGGACUGUGCAAUGUAGUACCUCUUUUCCUCCUUUGUACACUUAAUUUUAUUUAUUCUUCUUAUAAAACUGCAUGUAACAUUUAAUUUUAUCCAGCCUUCCACUGGUGACUAUAGAUUUUUCUUUUGAGGUGUCACAGUGAGUCCGGCCAGUCCGGCUCGUCGGUUCCUGGACGAAUGUAAACGAGGGCGUCGUUGUUGACAGCUAUGGCGAGGUAUUCCAGUGACUCGGACUCGGAUCACAGCAGCAGGUACCGAAGGAAGCGAAAUCACAAGUCGAGGUCCAGCAGCUCGGACAGCAGCGAAUCCUCGCCGCAUCGAAGGCGGCUGUCGAAACACUCAAAGACAAAGUGCAAGCAUCGUUCACACUCGAGAAGCAGAGCGAGAGAUCAGAGCUCGAGGAGUCACAAGGGAUCCAGGAGCAGUCACUCGAGAGAUCGAGACAAGAGACGCUACCGCUUCGGCGCGGGCAGGUCGCACUCCUCGGACCGUACAAGAAGAAAAGCUAGAUCCACGUCCAGGGAGAAGUCGCGAAGCCCCUCGAGCAGCUCGCAGUCGAAUCAGCCGAAAGCCAACGCGGAGAAAAGCCAAAUUCUGACGGCAAAAGACGACUUUCCCAUUGAGCCGCGUUUCAAGGACGGCGUGCUCGAGGAAAUAAACGCCGAGGGUUUCACACCCAAGCAAUUCACCUCGUCUGCCACCAAAGAGAGCAAACUUAAAAACAUCGUCAUAGACAUUACCUCGGAUACUAUACAGAUUCCACCCGUGUCUAACGUUUCGAGUGGCCCAGAAAGCAUAUUUCACACGUCGAUUAUGAUGGAUCAAGAAGCAAGAUUCGAUAAGUGGGUGAAGAAACUCUACACUCUUAGACAGAAAGCUAUAGCCGACUUGAUGCACACAAAUGUUACUUGAUCCACGAACAUGCGUUCAGCCUGAUCUACAAAUGUAUUCCUUGCGUGGAAACAUUCUAUUUUCUAGAAGCACGUUAAAACGUUCGAAAAAUGUAUCGACAAUGUACAAUAUGUCAACUUGCGCAAAAUUUUUUAACAUAUUUAUUGGCUUCAAAAUAAAAUGUUUCUCGACGCAACAGGAGCACAUUGUAG